AUGUCUUCCUCACAGGUUUCUCUUGCUCCCAGACUGGGAUGGAUAGGACUGGGAUCCAUGGGCCUGCAUAUGGCCUCAAACUUGCAGAAGUAUCUGUCAAAGAAGCAGGGCCCAAGUCUUCGUUUCUAUAAUCGCACUGAGUCCCGUGGUGACCCUCUUAAGCAACUAGGGGGCACUCCAUCAACCAUCCCUGACUUAGUGUCCAACUCUGACAUUGUAUUCAUGUCCUUGGCUGAUGAUUCUGCGGUUGAAUCUGUGCUGGACAAGAUUCUGGAGGUUGGCCAACUGAAUAAUAAGAUAAUUGUUGACACCUCGACCAUCCAACCUUCCUCGUCGGCGACGGCCAAAUCAAGACUGCAGGAGAAAGGCGCCGACUAA